UAUUAUUAUACACAUACGUAAGUAGUAUGUAAACAUGAUUUUUUAAGUAAAAAUAUGUGUAUGUGGUUGAUUUGCAUUCGUUUUAUCCGAGAAUGAGAACGAAGUGAGAAUAAUGUAACGUAAGUAUCGUGAAAAUUAUUCUUAAACAGCGUUUUAUUAUCGUCUUGAUACCGUUUUAAUGCUGCUGACGAUACUGCGUUAUCCAAUCUCACCAUCGCACUGGGCCACUGUUUGUGUAUUGUGUACAAAUUGAACGAACCUACGGGAAUACGAUUUUUCUCGGACUGYCAUGGCGUACCAUACGCUCCGACACGCAUACAUGCAAAUGCCACCUGUUACCAGAGCAUACACUACAGCUUGCGUAAUCACCACCCUAGCAGUUCAGUUGGAUGUGGUCUCCCCAUUUCAAUUAUACUUCAAUCCAUUGCUGAUACUAAAACAAUUUCAAGUAUGGAGAUUGAUUACCACUUUUCUAUUUUUCGGAAAUAUUGGUUUCAAUUUUCUAUUCAACAUGAUAUUCACAUAUCGUUAUUGUCGUAUGCUCGAAGAAGGGUCAUUUCGUUCGAGAACAGCUGAUUUUGUAAUGAUGUUUUUGUUUGGUGCCACAUUAAUGAUUAUUUGGGCAUUUUUUAUCAAUUUAUUAUUCUUAGGACAAGCACUAACAAUAAUGUUAGUAUAUAUUUGGUCAAGAAGAAACCCAUAUAUUAGAAUGAACUUCUUUGGUGUGUUAAAUUUUCAGGCUCCAUACUUGCCAUGGGUGUUACUUGGUUUUUCAAUUUUGUUGGGAAACACGCCAUGGGUGGAUUUGAUGGGAAUUGCUGUUGGCCAUUGUUAUUAUUAUCUAGAAGAUGUGCUCCCUCAACAUAGGGCCAACCUUAAGAUACUCAAAACACCACUCUUCUUGUAA